UCAGCUGAAGUUGCAAACGUAAAACUGAAAUAUUGAACGUCGUCGCGCUAGCUUGUCGUGGUCCGGUCCUGCUGCGGUUGGAAAACAAAAUUGGUAGCUUUGCGUCAUAGCCUCUGAAAUCUCCAUAAAAACUAUACAAUCAGAGCCGAUCCUGUCUGCCUGCAAAACAUUAGCUGGUGGAAUGCGUACGGUUUGCUGACAGUCUGGGUUCAUUUAAGUACAUGUAUAUGUCACCAAUGGCUCGGAUCCUGGGCUUGUACACACUGCUUCUCAUCCUCACGGUCAGCUUGGCAGCAUGGUUGCUGGCCUACACCUUGGAUCAUUUCACCCUCCCACCACCUUAUGAUGGACCGCCACACCCACUGGGGGACGUGGCUCCUUACCCUGGAGAUAAAUUAGAAAAUCUCUGGUGGUUCAUUCACGUAUCAGAUAUACAUAUAUCACGCUUCAGGGAUCCCCAGAGAACUACAGAUUUCAACAAGUUCUGCAUUGAAAAUGUGGAAGCUAUCAAGCCGGAGCUAGUGCUAGCAACAGGCGAUCUUACCGAUGCCAAAACGCUAGAUAACAUGGGCUCCAAGCAGUACGAGGUAGAAUGGCAAAGUUACAAAAAUGCCCUGGAUCAUGCCCAUGUGACAGAGAAGACUAUCUGGAUAGAUGUCAGAGGAAACCAUGAUGCAUUUGGGGUUCCAAGUGCCAACCACAGGUUGAAUUAUUACAGGAAAUACUCUGUAAUGGGGGAGAGGGGGGAUGGUACCUUCCGUUAUCAACACAAGCUUCCCUUUGGUGUCUACUCCUUCGUGUCUGUGUAUGCUGUGUUAAAUCCAGGGCCGAGAAGGCCAUUCAAUUUCUUCGGAAUACUGUAUGAGCCGGAGUUGCAGAAACUGGAAGAAUUCAGCAAGGAUACAAAGCAUAGCAAUCAUACUGUAUACUUUGGACACUAUCCCACAUCAACCAUUAUAGCACCUCACACCAGACUUUCAAAUGCUCUAAAAAAUGGAAUAGCAUAUCUGUGCGGCCACUUGCACAGCUUUGGUGGUCUGGUGCCCAACAUGAACACCAUACAAAAGAAUGGCCUGUUGGAAUUAGAACUUGAAGAUUGGAAGCAGAACAGAAUGUAUCGAGUCAUGGCAUUUGACCAUGACAUACUAUCAUUCGUGGACGUGAAGUUCGGCACAUGGCCAGUCAUUUUAAUCACCAAUCCCAAGCGAGCCAGGUUCAUGUCGCUUGGCCAUGAACCCUUGAACAAGAUGCGGCACUCAACGCAUAUACGGUUUUUAGUGUUCUCUCCAGCGGACAUCCUGUCUGCCACAGUUGAGGUCGAUGGUAGGCCGUUAGGAGCAGCCAAACAUGUCAAAGGACCACUUUUUGUGAUUCCAUGGGACCCCUCAACAUAUAGCACUGGCUUGCACCUCAUUGAAGUUACUGCAACAGAUGCCGCUGGUCACACUCACAUUGAGGCCUACCGCUUCUCUCUGGAUGGCACUCAACCAGCACAGUGGUUGGUGUCAGCCAUGUUUCUCAUGACUGAUAUACCUUUUGUUUUCUGGCUGAUAACGGUAGGGUCAGUAUUGGUGUUUGUGUUUGCACUCCUCUCACUGCGAUGGAUCGCAAAACGAAAUAAUGUGCAUUAUCGGAUUAGCAUUGUUCGCAGUUUGUGUGGUCUUGUCUGCAGCGAGACCUACUUCUAUUGGCUACUGAUAAUAGGUGUUUAUCCUCUGGUCGGUCCGUGGUUUGUUUGCAUGGUAACAAGUGAGCAUUUUGGCAUGUACACUCUGUAUGGAUUCAUGCUGCGAGGAGAAAUCAUUGGCGAGACAUUCUCUUAUGUCAUCUGUGCCAUGAAUAUGGCUCUCUUCCAGGGCCCCAUCACGUUUUACUUUGCCCUCCAGUUGGACCGCAUGCAGCAGCACUUACCCCAUCAGAGCAGCGGCGCCUACUCAAACUCUGCCAACGGCAAUGCUAAGAAGAAUGGCAGCGCCAUCAGCCCGCCACAGUACCAUAUACGACCCCUGGGGCUGCUAUGGUCCCUGGUAGCCUACCCCUGUCUUCUCUGUGCCCUCCUCUGGAUGACCUGGGAAUGCACAAACCUGUAUUUCUGCUAUGGUGCUAUGGCGCUGGUCCUGAGCCCAAAGUCCGCCUGGACUUUUGCGGUCGUCGUGUGGCUGCUGUACAGGCUGCACUGGAUCGAGCUGCGCCAAACCAGCAAAGCCAAUGGUUGCAAGAGUUGAUCGGAUCAGCUAGAAUGCUUUUCACCCUUUGCUUCUUGGGAUGUUUGUGUCCUGGCUUUGCCCAUUUUGUGGUAGAGCAAGUUUUGGAAACUGUUGAUGUGGGGUGUGCUAGAGAUUGCCCCAACAGCAAACAGCAUUACUGGGAAAGCAGCUUUCAAAAUUCAUCUUUUAUGGUGUAGCUUUCCUGUGUGAGUGAGAUGUCAUUUAUGACAGUCCCAUCACAAGUAGACUAAUCCUGUGACCAGAAUUAGAAGUCGUUACUGCAGAGGUACCACACUUGUGGGCAGGUCACGUGCAUAGUUUGUCCUGCGGACCAGUAAGUUGUCUUGAUAUGCCAAAAUGUGCAUGUUCCUCAAGCAUGAAACGGGCUUGAGUAUGGAGCCACUACAGUAAUGACAUCUUCUUCAAUAAGUCUAUAAUGUACGGUAAAAAAAAUUGUGCUAUGUGCAUGGUGUUAGUUUAUAUUCUGUGUAUUUUUUUCUAACAAAUUUAUAAGUUUAAUGUAUUUCAAAUUCUGUAGUUUAAUUUCUUUUUCAGUUAUUUUGGAAACUGUCAUUGCUAAAGUCCCAUGAAAAUUGGGAAUGAACCUAUUGAUAUUUCAAAAAGGCAAGGUAAUUCGAGAACAAAGCACAGGAGUUUGAACAUGUUUUGCACCUGUGAGGAGGUGCAAUUGAUAUCCGACACGCUAUAUUUGGACAUGCUUUGUUGGAAGACUGACCUAGCUCAUUCUGUGCCAAUAAUGAACUUGUAGAAACCGUAUCUGUCUUCAUUUUUUGCAGUAAAUGGUUUGUCUGAAAGGUUUCUUAGAAUUUUUUUUAUUCAUUUUUUUUUACCUGGAAAUUACCUAUUGCAUGCCUACACGUUAUUUUACAUUAUUUAUAAGGAAUAGAAGUUUUAGUGGACGAAAUGGCAAUUUGCUUUAUUGAACAAAGGAAAAUGUGGCAUUGAACUACUUUUAUUAGCAGUACAUUGUAUGUAUUGAACAUAUAAAAGCAUCUUAAAGUGAUGAAAAUUAAAAAUUCAAAACUGUAACAAUAACUCGGAGAAGAUACGUUUAAGUUUUAAAUUUGCAAGAAAAAUUUGUUUCGGUUUUUCCAAAAAGUAGUUUGUGACAUGCCGUCGUGCUUUGAAUGUUUCCUGCAAUAUUUGUAACUAGGAAUGGAAAUUAAUUCCAUUUGAGAAAUUUUAGGAGAAAAAAACACCUAAUGUGAAAAGGAACAAUGAAUUUCCUUUUUUAUAACAGCAGUAUUGUAUUACUUCACCCGGAAAGAGCCAGGUUUUUAAAAACUUCUUUCUGACCUUCCUUCUCCAGGGAUGGGAGGAGAAAGCCACCCCAAGAACUCAGUCUUGAUGCAGUUUUUUUAAAGAUUGCAGCGGUGUUGGACAAAAUGCACCGAUGAAGACAUAGUCUAUCUCCCUACCCUUCCUCCCUAGUUCUCUUAGGUUCAAGCAGCCCUAAUAAAGCUGUUUUGUCAUUUGGAAGCCUGCCAGGUAUGCAA